CCGGUGUGCUAAUCAGCCAGCCUGGGGUAAUGCAAGACUGAUCUCGAGUCAUAUCCCCCAAAACCAGCCCCAGCAAACCGCCAAGUCAUCGAUAUGAAUGAGGACCUCAUCAACAGCGCCGUGAGUUUUCUCCAGGACCUGACCGUGGCAGCGUCGCCGAUCAACAAGAAGAUCGAGUUUUUGCAGACUAAAGGCUUGAAUGAGGAGGAGAUUGACGAAGCAAUUAAAAGAGCCAACAACUCGCCGCCAAACCCGUCGUCGUCGCCGCAGACGUCGUCGGCCACGACAUACAGAGGCGCCGUACAAGAACAACCGCAUCACGCCCAAAAUUACGCGCCCCUAGACUAUUAUUCUGUCGCUCCGCAGGUUCCUGAAAGAACAUGGAAAGACUAUUUCAUCAUGGCAACAGCCACCGCAGGCGUCACCUACGGCUUCUACCAGGUUGUGUCACGAUACUUGUUGCCCAGUAUCAUUCCACCGGGGAGGUCGCGUUUGGAGGACGAUAAGCAGGUGAUUGAGGACGAGUUCAUCAAGAUCGACAAGGUCUUGGAGCAGAUGGCUUUGGAACAGAAAUCCAUCAAGGACGCGAACGAGGCAAAGCUAUUGGAGAUUGACGAGGCCAUAGGCAACGUCAAUCGCUUUUUGGAAAAGUACGACAAGGACAAGUUGAAGUUAGACGACGACUUGCGCUUGGUGAAGUUGGAGGUGGACAACUUGCAGAACUUCUUGGAGAAGAACAUGAAGCUCACCAAGGAAAACAUCAGAGAUGAGCUCACUGACAUCUCCGGCGAGUUGGAGUCUUUGAAGAGCUUGAUCAAGGCACGAGGCGCCACCUCGGGCUCCGUGGACCGCAAGGUGGCCCCCGUAUCCUCCAUUCCAUCUGCGUCCGAGAUUCUCAAAAAAGCCAAGUCGAAUGGAAACGGCUCUUCUGCUCUGGCGAAACCUCCGGUCUCAGCAGAGUUACCUAUGGGCAAAGAGGCAGAGAAUCAGAAUACUACACUAGAAUCAUCGCAAGCUCCCCCUCAGAAAGCUCCAAAGAGCCUGAGGGUGCCUAGUUUCACUGCGAACAAGGAGUUUCUUGCGGCUGGGAUACCAGACUGGCAGCUUGCACACAAGAAGCAAGAGGAAGAAUCCAGCGUGAAAGAGGACGAGAAGAAGGAGCUGAAGGGCGAGCAGAAAGUACAGGAAUCCAUUCUGAGGGUGGGUGUGCCACAAUGGCAGCUCAAUUCAUCUUAGACACAUCUAAUUAGAAAGCUCGUGCAGUUCAGAGCUGAUGCCCAGCCUGGCAGUGUAGUCGUCUUCUUACAUGAACGAUGCGGACAGAAUUUCAAUACCCGGCAUGUAUGUUAUCGAGACUCGACAAUUUGAAAUUGCACAGUAGUAGAUCAGGAGGAAAAGACGAGAGAAAGAACAGACAUUAAGAAACUGGAUGCAGUGACCUUCUUAAUCGCAAUUAACAAGGCUUUGUAUAUGUGAGCUUUACGUUGUAGAUCUCGCGCAUAUGUCGCGAUCAGAAACUGUGAGAACUAGACGCUUAGCCCUAAUUAAUCAUGUGACAAAUGAGACAUUAAAGUUCGCACCACUUACCCGAAACCAAA